AUGGCCGAGGAGGCUGCGAAGCCGCCUGAGGAGGACGACGUCCUCAACUUCUUCUUCUCCGAGAUCGAAUCCAUUGGCAAAGCGAAGAGCGACGCCGACAUCAUGACCUUCAACGCCAAGGAGAUGUGUCUGAGGCUCACGUCGCAGACCUUCGCGAGCCCCUACCAGGUGCUGCAGCUCAAGCACGACGCCACCGAGGAGGAGAUCAAGAAACGCUAUCGCAAGGCGCUUGGCAUAGGCACUCAGAUCUCCCUGCUGAUCCACCCUGACAAAUUCAAGCACGAGAAGGCGCAGGAGGCGUUCAACGCAGUGCUGCUCAACGCCUUCAACGAGAUCCAGAAGUCGGACUCCAAGGAAAAGUACAAGCUCGUGUACGAGGAGGCCAAGAAGAUCGUCUACAAGCGCCACAAGGCGAACCCCAACGCCACGACGCUCGACCUUAUCGCAGCCGGGGUGCUCGACAGCGACAUACAGCAGAUCGAGAACGAAAUACAGCGGGAGUGCGACGAGAUCCUGCGCAAGCAGCAGGAGCGCCGCGAGUACGCGGAAAAAUGCGUGCGCGCGAACAUGGAGUACGAGAAACAGCUGGCCGCUGAGCAGGUCGAGCUGGAGAAGCAGCAGCUCAACCACCAGGUGGAGUGGGACAAGACCCGAGAUCUACGCGUCACCAGCUGGCGCAGCUUCCAGGGCAAGGUCACCACCAAGGACUUCAAGCUCCAGGCGUUCAGGACCGUCGAUCCCAAGCGUGAGCAGCGUCCUGACGUCGAGGGAACCAAACGGGGCACCAUCGCCGAAUCGCAAACAAAUCGCAAGGAGAAACGCAAGAAAAUCGUGCAUACAGACGAGUACAAGGCAAGCUGGAGAUGA